CAAAAGGCGCACAGCAACAUCGCAACAGAUACACUCAGUUCAGUUAAAUUCUGUUUGUUUUGUUCGGUUUAAUUUGUUUUUGACUACAUACAUAACUACAAUAUAUAAUUUCUUUGAUUGUUUGCAACGCAUCGAUAACUCAUACUCACACACACAUCGUUCAACAUUGCUUAAAUGGUUGUUAAAUCGCUUUUAUUACUAUUUAUUGUUGUUGUGUUAAAACAUAGUUAAGUUAAGAAGACAUUCAAGUGCAAGAAAAAACAGAAAAACAAAAACUACUUCAAUAUAUAUAUACCAACAAGUGCAAUGGCUACGUUUACGACUACGACCACGGCUGGCGCACAACACAGCAUCGUACAAAUGGCCAGCCGACAGAUGCCGCACGGGCUGGGUCUGCUCACGACGGUCGCCUCGUUGCCGCCAAAGUAUCGCAGUCGUUACCUGAAUCUUAAAGCUAAGUGUGAAACACCGUUAGAUCUCUCGGUGAAACCGAACUCACCUGUACCUACUAACAAUAAUAACAGCGAAGAGUUAGCUAACGAUGUACCUAUGGCCUCCACAUUCACCGAGGUCUACACGGAGCCCAGUGAGGAGGCGGUGGCAUCGCAGGUGUUUAGUGAAAGCAGCGAGGUCUCAUUAGUACCCAUUACUAAUGAAGUUUAUAUCGUGCAAGAUAGCGCACCGCAAACGGAGGAGGCUGUUGUCACCAUAACACAAAUCGCCAAACCCAUAACACCACCGCUAACGCCCACCAAACGCAAGCACGCAGUUAUGCUUGACGAGGAGGCUACGGAGCAAGUCUUUACAGUUUUGGAGCCGCAAAAAACCUUGCAGGCACGCGAGAAUCCCGCUAAACUUGCAAAAACUGUCACACAUCCAACUACCAAGCGCGACUGCACGCCCACGAAACCCAUUAAAGCCACCGAUACAGCACCGAAGACCGUUAAAGCUCAACCGCCUGCGACUAAAAGCACCAAAAAUAAAGCGACGCGUAAACUAAAGUUCGACGAAGAGACGAGUUCGCCUGUAUCGGGCACCAUUAUACGUCCACUAGAGGACAUCACCGAUGGCACAGUGCAGUACAGCAAUGGCGAUAUUGAUCCCAAAUACAAUAUAGUCGAGAUCACCGAGGAGACCAAAGCCGAAUUGGCGGCCAUUAAAAAUGUAAUUGGCGAUUACAUCUGCAAGUUGUGUCGCAUCAAGUUCGAUGACGCAUUCGGUUUGGCACGUCAUCGUUGCGCCUGCAUUGUGCUGCUCGAGUAUCGUUGCCCGGAGUGUGGCAAACAGUUUAACUGUCCCGCAAACUUGGCUUCACAUCGUCGUUGGCAUAAACCGAAGAAAACCGAUACAAAUAAUGGCGGUGUUUCGCGUAAAGAGAACCGUAACACUACAAAUAACGCCUCACAAACCAGCAGCACAGCGGCACUCAACGAACAAUUCGCGGACUUGCCUUAUCCCUGCGAUAUCUGUGGGAAGCGUUUCAAACGUGCCGCCUAUCUACGUAAACACCAACAGACACACAAUAAGAAACGCACGACGAGCACGACAAGUGUCGGUGGCCCGCUGCAGGAGACACCAGCGCUCGUAGCCGAUGGUGGUCUCUCCACUGCAUCCACUGCAGUUAUGGGCAGUUCCUAUCCAUCUUACGCCGGCUCGACGGCAUCUUCGUCAGCUUCGAGCUUGCAUUCAUAUAAUGGCGCUAUCGUCGAAGAAGAGGUGAUCAGUUAUGCCACAACCAAUGGUGGCUACAUCGAAUAUGUGGACGAUGAAGAGGACGUGCGGUCCACCACAAGCAGCUCUAGCUCGACGGCGGGUUAUGGCCGCCUGCAAAUUGUCGAGACCGGCUUGACGGAGGAAGAGAAUAUAGCAGCUGCCGCGUUGACAAACUUACGGAACUGUGCCUCGGUGAUUCAGCACACCACACUAGCGCACUGAUUGCCGGGUUACGCUGAUUGCUAGAUCGAGGGGUCGUUGCCCGCCGUUCAUCGCUCAGUCGGUCGGUCUUUUGGUUGAUUAGUGUCCCUGUUCGUGCGCAUAGUGUGUAGUGCAAGUGUGCGUUGGUAAGGUGGCUCUAGCGCAAAUAGUGUAGUGCGGUGUUGUUUCUUGGUAAUGAGCCGACGAUGGCGAGGGUGGCCGAACAUGCAACGACGAGUGUUAGCAGUGUGUACGUGAGUGGGCUGGGGUUGGGGUGUUUGGGUGGCGGUUUGUAAAUACUUUUAGGGCAGCCAUUAAGGGUUGAUUUGUAUGUUUUCAUUUAUGAAAGUUAUGUUUAAGUUCUACGCCAUUCGUUUCAAAAUGCUUAAAUGCUUAGGAUUUUUUUCGUGUUUUGUUUUCUUGUUUUGUUUUGUUUUGCUUCGUUUGGCUCUGCAGCUAAGUAUACCAAAGAUUAGUUUUAAAGCGUUGGCUUGGCAUUUUCGCGCAUCGCAAACGAAAUUCGCCAAACGCCAUUUUAUGUUUUCUCAAUCAUUAGGCUUCUUCGGUUAGGCUUACCUUAUGCUUAGCUUAGUUUUUAGGUUAAUUUUUGUAGUAGGCGCAAAUGCGACGAGCAAUUCUAGUCAUGGAAACGCAAAGAGCUAGUCACUAAUUUAGUUAAAACAUUUUUUACAAAUAUCUCUCAGGAUUUUGUAGAGUCAGCUCCAUACAGAUCUCAUCUCAGUUAGUUUUAUUAUAAUGCAGAUAAUCUAAUUUGCUGCUUAGUUUAUAAUUUAACACAAGUUCGUGGAAAGUCAGGCGAAAUAGUGCAGUAAAAAAUUAGUUUAGUUUGAAGUUAAAAAAAUGUCUCUCUCUCUCUCCGAGGAGUACCAAAGAAAUGAGUGUGAACUCUAGUCAACUUAAUACGUAAGUGAAGGUUUAGUUCUUUUGUAGGACUUUUAGGUUAGGUUAGGUUACUUUUCAUAUAAUUUUUAGGGAUUUAGUUAUACAAAAAGCAACAACAAUUAACUUUUUGUGUUGUUGUAAACUAUGAAGACCAGCAAAUCACUACCAAAACUAAAUACAAACUACGAAGUACAAUACUAACUAAUUUCUAAAUGUAUAUUAUAUAAA